CUCUCAAGUUCAAAUCUUGCUUAAAAUGCAAUAAAAAAUUAUUGAAAUUUAAACUAAGCUUUUAGGAGAAGAAAUGACUAAAAUUUUAUGAUGAGCAUGACAGAAGUAGAAAUGUCUUCUUUCAAGACAAAACAUAGAGCUUCCCACAGUCAAAGCCAGCCCUCCCAAACAUGAAUCCAACCAAGAUCUUGUUCAAAAACAAAUCCCUCAAGAAAUUUAUUAUCUUCCCACCAGCCUGUUGUAUCCCUCCAACAGUAUAAGAUGUGCAAAUGAGCUCAAUGCUUCUCCAUCUCCUCUCUCUGGCAUAUUUCUCUAACCCCAUUUCAAUCCUCUUCCAUUCAUCCUCCCCUGGUUUUGAGAAGGCCUCAGCAAGACAUCUGGCCAAAACAACACCAUCUUCAAGAGCAGAGCACCCACCUUGGCCAAUUUCAGGGGUCAUGGGGUGGAGGGCAUCACCUGCCACACAAACAUUGCCCUUGCUGAUAUUUCCCCACAACAAGUCCCACGGUCGCCUGUAUUUCAAUGGAGAUGUUAUAAUGUUAUCUAGAUUAGUAUUUUCAACGAUGGACUUCAAUUUCUCAGGCAAAUUUCCAAGGUUGGUUGAUGCAAAUUGCUUCAGUUUAGCUGGAUUCUCCUCUAGUUCUUUAUCUACAACCACACUGAGCAGUUUUAGAAAUGACCAAAUUAAAUAACAGAAGAAAAGGAGCUGAUUGUUACUGAUUAUUACCAUGGCUAGAGGAUGUAUAAGUCAAAAACCAAUAAACUAUUUGAUCAUCG